AAGGAGAGGAAGAAGGGGCGGUGCUGAGCUGUGCCCCUGCCGUCAGUAGUUAAAGAUAAACAGUGUAAUGCCAUUGAACAGCAAAGAGUGUGAAUAAGCAGAAGAGACUAUCAAGAGGGGGAGGACCUACGAAGCCAUACAGGUCAAAAGAAGAAGCGUUCCCUCAGGUGGUGUAGCCGCAAAUAAGGAGGGAGGGAGGGCCAAUGACCUUACGAGCUCCCUAGAAAUACUGAAGAAGUUACUGGCUGUUCUCCCCUCCUUCAGGAAAUCGUCAGAAGCACCAUGAUAUCCACGGAGACCAAGCUGACGCCCACCACGGCAAGGGAGGGGCAGGUGGACAUCAGGGAGGACGAGGACCAGAGUGUGAAGCUCUCGGAGAUCGUGGAGCUGCUUGUUGCUGCCGGGUACUUCAGGGCACGCAUCAAGGGCCUCUCCCCCUUUGACAAGAUUGUGGGUGGGAUGACCUGGUGCAUUGAGAUGUGUAACUUUGAUGUGGAUGUGGACCUUCUCUUCCAUGAAAACCUCACCAUUGGACAGAAAAUAGCGCUGACAGAGAGGAUCGUGGGUGUGGUGCGUUCCAUGGGCUGUCCUCCGCGCCUUGAACCCCAUCAGAUACAGGGACUUGACGCCAUACACAUCUUUCCCGUCAUCCAGUGGCUGGUCAAGAAGGCAUUGGAGACGAGGGAGGAGUUUGGUGACGAGACGAGGAAGUUUUCUGUGGAGGAGUUUCUGCGCCACCACUCUGACCCUCGACAGCAGCAGCGGCAGCAGGCCCUGAGGCAGGCUGUUGGUGCCCUGGCCACUGUGCAGGCAAGCUAUGGGCCGCGGCGGAGGUGGCGACGCAAGCCUGGCACCAGCGUGGAGUCCCCCUCAGCCCGUGUCCACACCACAGUCCUAGAGUACGGCCAGCAUGCCCGCAAACCUCCCUCCUCGCACCCCAAGGGUGACGGCACGGACAAAACGGACGAUGGCAGCGGCAGCGCCAGUGAGAUGGAGGAGGUGGAGGAGCAGCUCAUGAGGACUCUACAUGUGGCUGAGUUGACUGAGGGUCGGCUCAGCGCUCAGCAAGUGGGCAGCAUCGUCAGCACCCGGGCCCAGGAGAUUGCCGCCACCUCGCAGCACUACUCAGACCUCCAGCAGACGAUUGUGGACGAGGUGCUUGGGGACAGCGCCACCUCACAGGCCCGGGCGCUGGCAUCCAUGGAACAGCAACGGACAGCCCUCACCGCCCAGCUGGCCCAGGCUGAGGCGGGGCGGGCCAAGGUGGAGGCUCAAGUCAAGGAAGUGGCCGCAAAGUUCCAGGAGGUCAGGCAGGAGAGGCAGCAGCUGGAGGGUCAGAUAAGGAAGCUUGGGGUGAAGGAUGAGACCAGUAGGAGCACCCUGGAGGAGCUGUCACGGCUGGUGGAGCUGAACGAGGCCACCCGCAAGAAGGAGAGUGAGUUCAAGGACAGCUGCAGGAAGGAGGCGGAGAAGAUGAAAGCUGAGAUCAGCGCUUUACAGGCCAGGCUUCCGGAGGUGGAGGAGGGCCGAGGGGAGGCCGAGAAGAGGCUGGCAGCUGAGCAGGAGCGGUGGAGCCGGGCGAGGAAGCAGCUGGCCGGCCGGACAAGGCGUGUGGAGGCCAUGCGCAGGCUGCUGGACGACAGGCCGGGACGAGCGGAAUUGUCGCAGUACCAACGGAGGUUUAUUGAGCUGUCGAACCAGGUUGUCGCCACCCACCGUGAGACGCAGCAGUUCUACAACAUGUACAACACACUGGCGGACACCAAGACCUACAUGGAGAAGGAACAAUCGCUGCUCAACUCCAUCCUGGACAACAUGGCUGCUGCCUUGGGAAACCCUGCCAGCAUGGAUGAGUACGUCCACCAGCUGGAGACCAUCGUGGAGGGCAUCAGGCAGAACAAGAUGAAGCUGGAGAGGAGGCGCACGGAGGAGAGGGCGAGGCGGAGCAACCUUGGCGAGGAGCUGGCAAGGCUGCAGGACCUGAAUCGCCAGUAUGCCAAGACAGUGCAUCAGCUGGGCCAGGAGAUUGCACGCUCCGAGGCCUUGCACAUGAAGCUGACAGGAGGGCGAGGAUAGUGAGGUUUGGGGUGCGGUAUUGUGUGGGAAGAGUAGGGAUUGAAUGCUCUCAGGCCUUGUAUAUGAAAAUAAUAGGUGGUUUGGGGUGUGGUAUUGUAUGGGAAGAGUAGGGAUUGGACACUGAGGCCUUGCAUAUGAAGCUGACAGGAGGGCGAGGAUAGUGAGGUUUGGGGUGCGGCAUAGCGUGGGAAGAGUAGGGAUUGAACGCUCUCAGGCCUUGCAUAUGAAGCUAAUGGUAGGGCGAAGAUAAUAGGUGGUUUGGGGUAUGAUAUAGUAUGUGAAGAGUAGGGAUUGGACACUCUGAGGUUCUGUUCUUGAAGCUGAUGGUUGGGCAAUGGUAGUGGUUGGUUUGAGGGUGUUGUAUACAGUGUGAAGGGAAGGGAAUGCACGCUCUUAGGCUCUGUUUUUUAAGCUAAUGACAAAGCGAUGAUAAUGGGUAUAUUAGGGUGUGUUGUAGUAUGAGUUAAGUGUGUGAAGAGUAGGCAUUGCACACUCCUCUUAAAACUGACAGCAGGGUAUGAAAAAUGAGUAUGUCAGGGUGUUUUAUAGUAUGUGUGAUGUGUAUAUGUAUGGAGAAUGUGUACCAGCUCUCUAGAAUCCUAAAACAUGUGCCAAUAUAGAUAAGAUAGAAUUGCCAGAAAAGUUAAUGAUAAAAUGUCUUGGUUGGAAAUGGGGAAAGUAAUAAAAAAAUAAAUGUUGGUAAAGGAUUAUGGGGAGGAGAGAUACGAACACUCUGGAUCCCAAAAACAACAAGUACUGAUAUAGAUAAGAAAGAAAUGUUGCCAGAAAAAGGCUUAAUCAAGGGUCUCCUAUCUUGAAGUGUGAAAUAAGAAAAUAUAUAAAAGAAAAAUAAAUGACGGUGGUAGCGUUUUGUAGUGGUGCUAUGUGGUGAAUAGGGAUAGUGUGUGUGGUGGUGAUUUGUGGUAGUGAUGUGAUGUGUGGUGCAGUGAAGGUGGUAAAUGUAGUGUGGUAUGGGUGGUGGUGGUGGUGUGGUGAUGAGAGAGAGAGAGAGAGAGAGAGAGAGAGAGAGAGAAAUUUAUAUAGAUUUACAUAGAUAUGCAUACCACAAAGAGAAAGAGAGAGAGAGAGAGAGAGAGAGAAAUUUAUAUAGAUUUACAUAGAUAUGCAUACCACAAAGAGAAAGAGAGAGAUAGCAUUUAUUUUAGAGUACUCAUUCCAUUUCAAUACAGGUAAACAGAGGGACAUAUAUAGAUUUCUACUUAAUGAAAGGAGAAAAUAAAAGAAAACAUGAUUCAGGGAAGUUAAACAAAUGCAUCGAUCCA